AUGAGCUCCACCUUCUCUCCAUCGUCUUACUUGAGCUUCAGCGUGUCUCCGCCCACCGCUCGCCGUGACGACCGUGGCGUCCCCCUCCUCCUCUACCCCCCCUCCUCCACCAUGGACCCCUACAAGGGCCCUCUGAGGGGCCCCGGGCUCCUGCCCUACCUGGCCCCCUUCCACCACCACGGACACUUCAGUGUGUACGAGUGUCCCUUCGAGCCGGCCUUCAUCCAGAAGCGUAACGAGCGGGAGCGUCAGCGGGUCCGCUGUGUGAACCAGGGUUACGCCAAACUGAGGGACCACCUGCCGGGUCACAGCGCCGACAAGAGGCUGAGCAAGGUAGAGACGCUGCGGGCCGCCAUCAGGUACAUCAAAUACCUGCAGGGCCUGGUGGAGCCGGAGGACGGCAGCGCCUCGUCUCCUGGACCGGACUGUGGAGGACAGUGAGGGACGUCCACCGUCUACUUCCUGUCUGAGCAGAACUCACUGACAGGUUCUGUGGGCGGAGCCUAACUGAUUGGUUCUGCAGAACCUCGACGGGUUCCUGCUCUGGAGAGAUAAAUGCUAACAUGCUAGCGUUAGCGCAUUAGCCGUAAACACCGCUGAGGCUGAUGGGAGUGUUUGUAGUUCUGUCUGUAGUUCUGUCUGUAGUUCUGCAGGUAUACUGGACACAUGCAAUGCUGACCUGAAGGUGGCACUACAUGAAGUCAGAGGAUCAAUAAAGUUUUUACAAUCAAUCAGCUGUUGCUGCUAACGUGGCUAAUAGCUAAUAGCAGCAGUGACUCAGCGUCCCCAUCUCACUCUCUAAUGUUAUCAACUGGAUUCAGACCUGGAGAAAGAUUCAAGGUCCUGGAGAAAGAUUCAAGGUCCUGGAGAAAGAUUCAAGGUCCUGGAGAAAGAUUCAAAGACCUGGAGAAAGAUUCAAGGUCCUGGAGAAAGAUUCAAAGACCUGGAGAAAGAUUCAAGGUCCUGGAGAAAGAUUCAAGGUCCUGGAGAAAGAUUCAAAGACCUGGAGAAAGAUUCAAGGUCCUGGAGAAAGAUUCAAGUUCCUGGAGAAAGAUUCAAGGUCCUGGAGAAAGAUUCAAAGACCUGGAGAAAGAUUCAAGUUCCUGGAGAAAGAUUCAAGGUCCUGGAGAAAGAUUCAAAGACCUGGAGAAAGAUUCAAGGUCCUGGAGAAAGAUUCAAAGACCUGGAGAAAGAUUCAAGGUCCUGGAGAAAGAUUCAAGGUCCUGGAGAAAGAUUCAAAGACCUGGAGAAAGAUGCAAGGUCCUGGAGAAAGAUUCAAGUUCCUGGAGAAAGAUUCAAGGUCCUGGAGAAAGAUUCAAAGACCUGGAGAAAGAUUCAAGGUCCUGGAGAAAGAUUCAAGGUCCUGGAGAAAGAUUCAAAGACCUGGAGAAAGACUCAAAGACCUGGAGAAAGAUUCAAGGUCCUGGAGAAAGAUGCAAGGUCCUGGAGAAAGAUUCAAGGUCCUGGAGAAAGAUUCAAGGUUCACACAGAGAGAGUCAGAGUGAUCAAUAAAUAUUGAUUUAAUAUUCAAUCAUAUUUAUUAGUGAGGAGAUGAAGCAGAGCGAGUUUCCAAACAAACAUUAGAAAAAUAAACAAUUAACAUUUCUUCUGUUUUGCUAUUCCCUUCUCACUGUUAUUGAUUAUUGAUGACUGAUCAGCUGACCCACAGUCAGCGGUGUGUGUGUGUGUGUGUGUGUGAACAAACUUCUGUUCAUGUAAUCAAUAUUCACAAACUCAGAAAUACCCAUUGAUUUUUAAUACAGACGAUUAUUGAUUAUCUGUUAAUCUUUAAAUAAAAGUGAUUGUUUAA